GCGGUCGGUUGAGUAUGUGUGUCAUGCACGCGGCAUACACCGCUGUGGCGACCCAUGUCCACGGCACGCGCUUGGCUAGCGCCAAUGUUGUCACAUAUCGUCGCCAAACUCGGCUAGAGGUGGCCUGUAAUUGGAGCGAGACGAGCGUCCAACAGGCUAUGGCUUUGAGCACUCUGGCGCGUCGUUUUCGAGGUUCCACUUGCAGCACAAGAUAGGGAAGCAUGGACGCCACCAACGCCGUUAGUUUGUGGCGUGUCUGAGGUAGCGAGCACGAGAGCAGGAGCGGCGCCAUGUUGGCCCCAGUGAGGAACACCACCGACCGCCCCACGUUGUUGGCCAGUGCAGGCCACUGGACACUCGUUUGUUUCCUGGCUACGAAAACACUCGCGGCAAGCGAUAGACAUUGCAAUGGUACAAACACUUGUGUGUUUCGACAGAGCAGAUUAAGUGUGCCUGUGAUGGCAAACUGGCGGCAUGAGCGGUCGGGGUGCAUGGUGACGCACCGGGUUAGCUCGUUCGUGUGGAUGUUGCGUCGAAAGCUGUCCAGAUGGGCCACGGGGAUGUUGGUCUGGUAGUCUAGCGUUCGCACCAUCGACGGAGGCAGCCAUUCGGCGUGCACUAGGUAUGCAUACCCGACUCGCAUCGUCGUCCCAAGCGCGAGCAGGUGCUCCACGGGCGCAGGGAGGCAACGGUGGUCCCAGUACAUUUGGAGCAGCACUUCCAAAAUCCCGUAAGACAAGACAACCUGUCGAUGGGAAGCCGAGCACAGCUGGAAGAAUACCACGGACGCCGCCGCCGCCGCCAGCUUACUGUUGCCGGACCUGCGCACGUGGUUUAGCACUCGAAACACACCCGUGGCCACUCCAAGCGCGACGAAGGUGGAGGAAGGUGCGGUCAGCCGACGAGCACGAACGCUCGACAGGAUGGCUCCAACCAACAGCGUGCUGCACGUGACAGGCAGCGACCUCGUGACGGCGGAGUUCAUUGCAAAAGU